UUAUGCAUUAAUUCAAAACAAUGUUUUUUUUUUUAUGUUAAUGUCAAAGUGAUUAUGAUUAUUCCUAUAAAACACAACCUUGCAUUUCCCACUUUUGACACAAGUGUUACACAUUUCUUUGUAUAGCAUCAAAUUCCUUAAACUUUAGUCACUAUAUAUUUUGUUAUUGAAGAAGAGGAUUUUCAUAAGGAAGAUGGAAUUCAAGGCUACUGAACUUAGAUUGGGGUUACCAGGAAUAACAGAGGAAGAGGAAAAGAAAAUCAAGAACAACAAAAGACAAUUACCUCAAACUUCUGAGGAAUCUGUUUCAAUUUCCAAGGUUACAAAUGAUGAGCAGAUUGUGGAGAGUUCUUCUGCAGCCCCUCCUGCAAAGGCAAAGAUAGUUGGGUGGCCACCAAUUAGAUCUUACAGGAAAAACAGUUUGCAAGAGGCUGAUGCUGGUGGGAUCUUUGUGAAAGUGAGCAUGGAUGGUGCCCCUUACCUUAGAAAGAUUGACUUAAAGGUCUAUGGAGGGUACCCAGAAUUACUCAAAGCUCUAGAAACCAUGUUCAAGUUAACCAUAGGUGAGUAUUCUGAAAGAGAAGGUUAUAAGGGAUCUGAAUUUGCACCAACUUAUGAAGACAAGGAUGGUGAUUGGAUGUUAGUCGGAGAUGUUCCAUGGGACAUGUUUGUGACUUCCUGCAAAAGGCUAAGAAUCAUGAAAGGGGCAGAAGCUAAAGGUUUGGGUUGUGGUGUAUGAGAAACCAUUGAGUUUUUACUAUAUCUAUAUGAUUUGAUGAGUGAGAGGAGCAUGUGCAAGAAAAUAGUUUUGGUGUUGAAGAAAACCACCAUGCCAAUCUGGAUUUGGAAUGGAGAUGGAACAAGAUUUUUUCUACAUAAACUUUGUCAACAUAUUUUUCUGGUUAUUUUAGCAUCUGAUAGCAUCUUGAUCAGAUGCUAUAUGCUAUUGUUUGUUAUUUCCAAUGAACAUUUUUAAUAAGAAUUUCAUAGAAAUUUUCAUAUAUACAA